UAUUUAUUUAUUUAUCGUGUUGGAGCCGAUUGGAUAGGAGAAUGGCAUCUGGGACUAGUGACUGUCUGGAAAAGAACAUCCAGUAUCGGGUGGAUCAUUUAUUAACUGCAGUAGAAAAUGAACUUCAAGCUGGCAGCGAGAAAGGAGAUCCAACAGAAAGGGACCUUAAAGUCAGUUUGGAUGAAAAUGAACUUUGGCAGAAGUUCAAAGAACUGACGAAUGAAAUGAUAGUGACCAAGAAUGGCAGGCGCAUGUUCCCAGUGCUAAAGGUGAAUGUGUCCGGUCUGGAUCCAAACGCCAUGUACUCCGUCUUACUGGAUUUUGUGGCAGCAGACAAUCACAGGUGGAAGUAUGUGAACGGUGAAUGGGUACCGGGUGGCAAACCCGAGCCACAAGCCCCGAGCUGCGUCUACAUCCACCCAGACUCACCAAACUUCGGUGCGCACUGGAUGAAAACCUCAGUCUCCUUCAGUAAAGUCAAACUCACCAACAAAUUGAACGGAGGUGGCCAGAUUAUGCUGAACUCGCUACACAAAUAUGAGCCACGUAUCCACAUAGUGCGCGUUGGUGGUCCACAGAGAAUGAUCACCACUCAUUCUUUCUCUGAGACACAAUUCAUAGCAGUUACUGCCUACCAGAAUGAAGAGGUUACUGCUCUCAAAAUUAAAUACAAUCCAUUCGCCAAAGCUUUCCUGGAUGCCAAGGAAAGAAGUGAUCAUAAGGACAUAAUAGAGGAUAUCAGUGAAAGUCAACACUCUGGCUAUUCUCAAUUCAGUAGCUGGUUUCUGCCAGCCACAGGGUCUCUCUGUCCUUCUGCAAACCCUCACGCACAGUUUGGCAGCCCGCUGUCUCUAUCCUCACCCCAUGGCUGUGAACGUUACUCGACUCUGAGAAGUCACCGGUCUAUGCCAUAUCCCAGCCCAUAUGCCCACCCGACUGCCUCUCCCACUGGUUACUCUGAAAGCUCAACCUGUCUCUCCAUGUUGCCGUCUCAUGAUAACUGGUCCAGUCUGCAGAUGUCCUCCCACUCCGGUGUGCUCCCAAUGGGCCACGGCUCUCCCCCAAACUCAAACUCUAGUCAGUACACCAGCUUGUGGUCUGUAGGGAACUCAGCUUUGACCCCAGUGUCUCAGGCUGGAAGUAUGGCCAGCAGUCUGGGCUCCCAGUUUCUCCGCGGCUCUGCCAGUCACUACAGCAGCCUGGCUCACCCAGUCACAGCGCCCUCUUCUGGCUCUCAGGUAUACGACUCCACGGCUGUGACUGAAGUGCACGAGGCCUCACAAUAUGACAGUUCAGCCCAUGUCCGCCUUCCUACAGCCUGGACCCAAGUAACACCAUCCUCCUUAUAGGAAGUUGACCCAAUGGAGUAAAUUA